CCUCCGUCGUAGUCGGAUUGUGUCGUUCUGCCGCGCUGUCUCUCUCUCUUUCUCUCUUUCUCCUUCUCUUUUUCUCUCAUUCCCUCCCGUGGGCACGCGCGCGCGCGCGCCACUGUGUAUGUGUGUUCCUCGUUCUCCCUCUAUGUCCCCCUUUUCCCCCGCAACGACAACGAGUUCCGCCCAGUGAAAAAGAGUCGAGCUUUCCUGCAAACAAGACGCGUCCUCGACGGCAGUUGUUUGUUUUCUGGUUUCGCGGUGUCGUGGUGACACAAACAGCAAAGUCGAAGAAGCGAGGGACCGCGCGUGCGGAGGAGAGGAGAGACAACGAGUCGCCGCGUGUACCGUGCCGCUCGUGUGGGUUCCCGUCGUUGUUGUGUCGUACCCAUUGCCGUUGUCGUCGUCAACGUUGUUGGUGCGAAGAGUUUCAGUCAACGGAAGGAGAAGUAGGUUAGCACACGGUGCCUUUCGCGUCACCGCGGUAAAAUAUACCCGGUUCUCCGACCACUUCUCUCUCUACACCUUUUACGCGAUCCCGCGGAGUGUGUACCAUCCCGAUGUGGUGACGUUUAACCAACGCGCACUUCUUUUACGUAACGAAAGCGCGUUAGAACGCGCGCGUGCGCUCUAUAUGUAAUCCGUCUUCGGUUUCUGUCCUUCUCGUUUGUCGGUUGCAAGCGAGAAUCUUCGAUCAUCGGUAGUACGCCGCGUUCUCGUGUGUGCUCGUGUUCCAUCGGAUCGGCCGAUCGGUCAUUUUCGUCUCGUUACCAGUGGCUCUGUGUGUGGAUUUCGUGCCGCAUUGCUUUCCCGUCUUUCGUCCGAGAUACAUACUCCGAUCGUGAUCGCCGUGUAAGUCACUCCGAUUUUCGCGCUUUCGACGCAGCAGUUUCUUUCGAUUGUAUUACGGCUACCGAGUCGGUUCGAUACGCGUCGAUAUCGCAUUGGAUUCGACCAAGUUCACGGAGCAAAGCGCGUGCCUGUUCCGUGAACAAGCCAGUUCCCAUUCAACAACUAUCUUAACAGUGUGAUCGAAACUAAACGUUCGUGCUUUUACAGUAAGGUGUUUUCUUCGUACGGAUACGUAAACCAGCCCGGCUACAUAUGUACACACAGACAUUGGAAAACGGUGCUAUUCAACUAGCACCUUCUGCAUCGAAUACUCUUCAUUGAUUCAAUUUCGUAUUGUUUUGUGGUGUUUCGUGAGAGGUGUGUUUGUUCAAACCUCCGAGUGGUGCGACUGUUCUAAGUGUGAUUUAAAUCAGUGAUUUCAAAGAAAAAGCCGAUUAUAUUCGGCAAGCAAAGAAAAAAGAAAAGAAAAAAAGUGAAAGUUUUAUCAGUGCAGUACUACGCUAUUGUGGAUUAUUGGAUAUAUUAUACACUACUCUGCGAUCUGCCGACGGAGCGCAACAUUGCGGCUCACAAUUUAUCUUCGUGCCUCCCUUUGGGAAUUAUUACCACGGGUGACACGUCACUGACUGAAACGAAGGAUGCAGAGACAAAGCCGGAGUAGCUCGGAGGUGGAGGUUGCGCUUAUGCGCCCCGUAAGCACGGCUGGCUAAUAGCACACCACGGCCUAUCCCUGACACCCUGCAGCCACACCAGACCAGCAGUCGGCGUGACAUGGAUGUGAGCUUCACAAACGUAUUAGAGGGGGCUCGCCAGUACUUUCAGGGACUGCCGGUACCGAGUACAGGUAGUGCGACCGCGUCAGCAGAUCACAGUCUCGCGACAUCAACGAGUUCUGCCUCGUCCAUAUCGUCGUCGCACGACCAUGGCAACGCCUCAUCCAUGGCUCCUUCGUCACCGGCACCAUCCGUAUCGCAAGCACCACCGUCACUAUCGUUACCGCCGCAAUCGACUUCGAGCGGAAACACAACCGGUAACGCUGGGAACGGUGGGGGCAGCAGCGGGAGCAACGAUCAGGAAACGAGUCGAUAUCUUAACGACGUCAGACCGUCGUCGGUGGACAACGCUGCGGCCAAUUCCAGCACUUUCUGGACCCCAUCCGUCGAACCUUAUCCUCCUCAACCAACGAGGGUUGAAGUGCCGGAUACGAGGCCAGGCGAUGACGGAUCCUCCAUGGAGGCGAGCUCAUCGUCCUCGAGUAUCAUCACUUUAACGGAGAUGCAGCCGUCGAGCAGUCGAUCCUCGUCGACGUCAAAUUUCUCACAGAAACAAUCGACCUCCUCGACAUCGUCGUCUAACGAUCUUCAUCAUCACUCGCAGCCGACGACAGCGACAGCGCCAAGUUCACCGCACUUGCAUCAAAUGCAACCACCUCAACAGUCACACUCCCCUGGUCCGGUGUAUCAACAAUUAAACCCUGUCUCGAGAACGUCGUUCUCUACAGUGGAAAUACUCGCCUCGUCGCACCAAGCAACCUAUCAAACUGCCAAUGAUCGACAAUCGCAACCAAACGCGCCGGUCGUAGCACAGAGAACCCAAUACUAUCCCCGGUAUCAUCAUCCGGACAUCACGAAGAGCGCCCCGGUUCCGUUCACUCAGAAUUCGAUCUAUCAAUCGUCGAGCGUAGCUGCAGCUACGUCAUCGGGAAACGUGCAGUUGGCUACGAGGCCGACGCCGGUCGAGCAGAGCAACCCGACCACCGCUUUAGGUCAAGGACACGCUCAGGAGCAAAGAGUGCCACCGAGUUCCUACGGUAAUAACGCUGUACCGCCAUCGAGCACUCCUUCGAUUUACGGCUCGCCAUCAUCGCAGACCUAUCGCACGCCACAGCAGCAUCAACCGCAGAAUCGAUUAAGCUCAUCGAGCAAUCCAGCAACGGACAGGUCGUCGCAUUCGGAAAGAUCGUCGCACUCCUCGCGCGUCUCUUCGUCUCCGUCAUGUUCGUCGUUGAACCCGUGCAGCCCUCGCCACACAGUCAACUUAAGUCACAUUCCUUCGUCGUCUUCGUCGUCGUCGUUGCCUUCGUCAUCGUCGUCGUCCUAUCAAAAUCAUCCGGCGCACAUUCCUUCGUCGCACUUGCCAUCCGCCGGAACUAUGAUCCCCCCACAUCAUCAGGCUCAACAGCAGCAGCCGACGCAACAGCAACAAUCUCAAAUACAACAGCCUCAGCAGCAACAGCUUUCUAGUCGAAUAAACGCGUCCCCGCAUUCAAUGGGGCCGAACUCAUACGCCAGUCGAAUGAUCGUUCACGGGACGUCCGCGGCUUCCUCGUCCUCAAACUCAAAUCAAAUGCCGCCACCGGCAGCGCUGACUGGUGGUUAUCAUCCUAUCGCUUCUCCCCAUGAUGUUCCCCGUCACGCUACCCCGUCGCCGCAUAGACAAUCGCCCCACGUAUCUACCCUGCAUACGCCUCACGCCUCUCCUCAUCACACACCCUCUCCUCAUCACACUCCUUCUCCUCAUCACACACCCUCUCCGCAUAGCAGCUUCCAGCCGCAUUCACCGACUUAUCCACCACCACCACCGGCCACCUCCACCCCUCAUUCGUACAACCUUCCCAUUACGUCGCAGCAUUAUCAACCGAACACCGGUGGGUACGCUGCGAAUCCGUACGGGCUGCCGCCUCAGUCUUCGUAUCAUUCCUUCCAAAAAGGUCCCCAGUCACCGCACACUCAAGCAAACUACUACUCGCAGUCCAGUCGAUCUCAGAGCCAGGCGUAUGUUCAGCAAAUGUCUAUGGCCGGUCCGGCGCCUCGAACAGAAUCUACUUGUUCCGGAAACGGAAACACUAACGGUGCCACCGGUUAUCAGCCGAGUAAACCGGUGACGUACAACGGCGCCGAUUCGAAGAGAAGCUCGAUGGAGGUCCCUUAUGCCUCUUAUCGAUCUCAACAAACGUCUGUUCCGAGAACUAAUACGCACAACCUUCCACCUAUCGCCGCUCUCUCGUCCUAUCAUUCCAACAGGCGAGAAUCCGCGAGUAAGGUACAAUCGGUGCAACGGCAACGCUACUCGACCAGCACGGCGAGCAAAGUUUCGGUAGUUGCGCCGCCUACGUCCUCGAUGGCCGCACCUCAAAGGGUUCCCGAGUACCCGGUCACUUUGUCAACUAUGAGUCAUGCCAUGCCGGUCAAUGGAAGGACGAACACGGUGACAAAUUCCUCUUAUAGCAGAUAUACCGCUCAACAUGGAUAUCCGACCUACGCUACCACCAUGGCACCUAGUCAUCAGGGGAGCAACUCCUCGAGCAGCACCACCGUUACGUCUAUCGGUCAGGUCGCUCCGAGGUCUUCCGUUCAAAGUACCACGGUACAUAGUUAUCAAGCAUCUGACACCAAUCGUACGGCAUCCUCCUAUCAUCACCAGCCUGUAAGAGCUACUGAGGACUAUGGAUACAAAGAGUAUCCGUACCAGAAUUCGACCACAUCUACGGUACAGUCUACCGUUGCUUCCUCUAUAGUGACUCCUCUUUCUCAAACGAACGGAAUUCGAAAGAGGGAAUCUCCUUUGGACCUCUCUGUUAAAACGGUGAAAACAUCCGCCGACUCGACCGCUCAGGACGACAUCGAGACGAGCGCACCGGAGAAACACGUCAGUAGUUCCACGGUGAUCUCAUCACGAAGCAACAGUUCGCGAACCAUGUUACCGCCCCCGGCGCAGCCUCCUCCACAACCAGCCUCAUACCCCGCGUACGACAACCGAUUGUCCAGCAAUAACGGGAGAAUCUUACCACCAACGAGCGGCGUUCGAGCGCCGACGCCUCAAACGGUGUGUGCACCGAAGGUCGACUUCCUGCCAGACUUCAACUCCGCGCCGCUGCGUCACCAUCACAGCCAGCCGCACGAGAAUACUCUUCAGCGGAGAAGUUCCGCGCAACAGCUGUAUGCUCCGCCUCCGCAGCCUCUUCCUUCUCAACAUCCUAAUAAUACCGCUCCACUGCCCCAUAUGUCCACGUUUAAAAAGACUUCACUGCCCACGACGCAGGUGUACGACGCGGUGACUACACCAGCACCGCCUCCGCCGGUCCCGUCGUCUUCUUAUCUGUCGGCCAACGACUCCAUCGCCUCCAGAACCUCCAGGUAUCCGUCGUCGAUGAUCGAUCCUGCAAGGAUAGGACCGGCUGCGUUGCCUCUUCAAGAUUACCCGUCCGACCCAUCGAAAUAUUAUCUGGACAGUAGAAGUAAAUUUGGUCAGCCACCGCCGCAGAGCGAUCGAAGCCCUUUGAAGAGGCCUGGCGAGACGAUUUACGGCGGUGGCGGGCCGAACAAGCAGCCGAGGCUCGACACGUGGAUCCAGCAGAGAUUGUCAACGGCGAAAGCGUUGUACGAGCAACAGAAGAGGCAAGAGAUGAAUCUACCGGUCCCUUUGCCGAAUGGCACCCUCGUAGCACCUAACACCUACGAGCAGAGAUCCGAUAGCGGAUACUCGUCGUCCGAGUCCGCGAGAUAUCAGCAAGCUUACUGUGAUAAGAGAAGCUACGCAGAACCUAAGGUCACUCAUAGUUCAUCGUCGUAUGUUCAUCCUGCGAUCACGAAGCCCACGAACGUGCAUUCUUUGCCGCAACAAGCAAACGCUAGCCAACCAUCCGCGUACACGAAUUACAGACAAAGUCAGAAAGCGGCUGGACUUGUGGUGCCUCCUGGAGCUACUUCCGGCGGACAGGCCACGGAACCGCCGAGCAAUACCGGUGCUGAUAAACGAGUGCUUAGCUUGCUAAGGAAUAGCCUAGAGAAUAAACAGCAAAGGGAAGAGCAAAUGAACAGCCAACAGCCUAUCUUGGCUAAUCAUAGUCAACAAAGUUUUCAGAAUAAGGUUGUUGCACCGGUCGAGCCCAAAACGAACAUCGGAAGACACAACCUGUCACCAUUCACAGCAGCGAGCUUACUGGAACGAAACAGCAACACGCCGCCCCAUUACAAGUUCCAUGUGCCGAGAGCGGUAGACUCGAUCACUCAGGAGGCCCCCCGUAGUUUGUAUGGCUCGAGAGUAAAUUCAUCCGCCACGCUACCUGGCAAGGAAGCACUCCUGGGACCCCGAGGAGCCGAGAAUCAGAUUCACCGUGACAAAGACGAUGGCCUCGCAGCUAUAUUGGCCGCGAAAAUUAGAACCAAGGCGGAACUGAAACAGGUGGGAACCGGUCAAUUUGCAACGAAACCCACGACUGUACCCUCCCAGGAUACGUCGACUACUCCGAAAGAACUAGACAGUACAGCUUCAACGUCAACUCCACAAUCCGGUUCAUCAGCGGGUAGUCCGCCAAAGUUGACGCGCGAGAAGGUAGCCUGUUUACCUCCCCGAAGACGGUUGUUCUCCAGAACAGAAGAGGAGAAUAUGCCGGUGGCCGCGACUGUUCCGGUUCCUGCGCCAGCGCCGGCGAUUGCCUCUAGCGUGCCAGCACGCGCCAGCGGAUUCAGAAGCUCCUCCGAAACAUCGGUGUUCGACUUCAGGGAGAGCGACUCCGAGGGUGAGAUGCCGGUUCUCGAACGGCAAACGCUCGAGGAGAUGAGGAGGGACAGAAAACAGCUAUCGAAAGUGCAGCCACCCGUUCCUCUGAACGACGCCAUGUGCAUGGGCAUGACCUCAUCGACGGACCUCGUGAAAAUAGAACUGAAGGAAAACGACAAGAUUACCGAAGUGGACACGUUCUGGUCCACCACGUGCGACAAGUUUAUGGAACAACUACGAACAGGAGACGCGAUGAAGAAACGCGGUCGCAAGAAGAAGGUCAGCUGCACGAUAACAUCCAAGCUCGAUGACACUGGCAACGAUAGCAGCAAAGAAUUAGACGCUAACACAUCUCAGAUCAAACCAGAGGACAUCAAAAAGGAAAUCCAAGAUGUUGAUUCACCUCUGGACAGUAAAGACGAGUUUCCGGAAACGAGCAAGGAUGACGAAGCUUCUGAGAUGACGGACAUCAAGAUAGAAGUGAAGACCGAGGUGAACAAGGAUGAUGAGAAAAAUUCUAGCGAUGAUUCUGACGAGGUGCCGCUAAUUCGACGGGCAAAGAAAAAGAUGAAGAAGGAUGACAGUGAUUGCGAGGAGGAAAUAAUAUGUAGGAAGAGAAGGAUUCGUAGAGGAAGCAGAAUUAAAUUACAGUCGUCCAGCGGCAGUGAUUCCUCUAGCGAAGAGAGCGAUGCUAGUACGGAGUUUGGUCACGGUUCUUCAGUAGCUGAUAGGCUAAGAGCAAGAAAACGUUGCACCAACAGUAGCACUGAAACCGAAGGAAUGAAGCUUAGAUCCAGAGAUACGACGCCACAGAAGGCUAAGAAUGAGAAAGAGUCGAAAUGCUCCACCUCGAAGACUUCUACGUCUCAGAAAGCGAAACCGAAACCCUUGUUUGGCGAUGGUAGCGAUUUCAGACCCGGAUGGGAGGAGGAGGUGUACGUCUACAAAAAGUCCUUGAGAAUGCCACCUAGGUUGAUCACCGUGUCGAAACCAUCGAGGUUUCACAGGUUGUCCACUUCAUUGCCUGAUUUGGAUCCAGGAUCUCCAGCUUUGUCAGUCUCUAUGGACAGUUCCGACGUGUAUUUGGGCAGAAAGAAAUUGGUAGACAGCGAUGUAGAAUCUAACUACAGCUUUAGUGCCACUGAGAUUGGAAUAGGAAGUAAGAUCGACGAUGAAGAGGCCACGUCGUCUACGACAAUCUCAUGUCCUCCUAAGGGUAUGAAGCAUUCAAGAUCGGAAAACAGUUCCAUCGUCGACGUCUUAGCUCAGAGGGUAGGAACCAGUAAGAAAGAGCAGAAGAGGAAACAGAAAGAGAAAUCGGAUAAAGGUGGAAAUAAAAUGCUGCAGAAAGGUAACAACGAACCUGAACUGCUUCCGACUCCAAGUUUGCUUCCUUUGUUGGAAUCGUCUAAAUCACCAAAGGGCAAGUCGCCUGUCAAAGAUAACAAGGUGAAGCCUAUCAAGGUGACGGAUUCGUUCCUACUUGGUUACUUCCGCAAAGAAACUGUAAACAACUUCCGCGACACGUUUAAAAAUAAUCAUGCUCUACCAAACGAAUUUUCAACAUUCGUGUUGAAGAGUAGAACGAGAACGGAAACGCGAGUAUUGAAGAAACAGGCGACCAUCAGAGAAGUCUUUGGUGAAGACCGGCCAGCCUCAGCGCCUCCCAUGCAAAACCACGACGAUACUUCUCAAGACGACGACUCGCAGACUGAAACACCAGAGAACAGGCUGAGGAAAGAGAGGACCUUGAAGCAGAAAGUUGUUUCGCGAUUAAAAAACGUUGGAAUUUUGAGGAGACACAAGGCGAUCAUGAACUCGAAACAGCAUCAUCUUUUGAUGGAGAGGCGAAAGGAUUUGUUGAAAUCUUUGGCCGAGAAGAAAUUACGCCGCUUAAAGGCGGAAGCGGAAGAGGAGCCGGUGCAGGAAGAGACGAACGAUGCGCAGGAAGCGGAAAACAACGAGCUUGACGACGAGACCAAUGAGUCAGAAGUUCCUAAUAAAAAGAAGCUUAAACUGAGGACAAGCAGGCGGAAGUUCCGCUCCGGAUUCGAUUACAUUCGCAAAAAGAAGAAACCGUUGAAGAAGGACGAGACGCUGCCUAAAGAAAGGAAAAGGCAAGUUCUCACAAGGCCCAGUCCAGAGUGUGUAGCUGAUAUUCAGUCGGAGAUUAGAACAUGGGUGAUCAAGAAGGGUGUCGGCGAAACAAUGUUGCACCGUGCCGCCAGACUCGGUUACACGGAUGUCACUGCAUACUGCUUAGAGAAGCUGAAUAGCGCGCCGAGCCCAAAGGAUAACGCGGGAUACACGCCGCUUCACGAAGCAUGUUCGAAGGGUCACCUGGAAAUCGCGAAAUUGUUGCUCGCGUAUGGGGCGAAUGCGAGUGAAAGUGCCAACGGUGGAAUAAGACCACUUCACGAGGCAGCAGAAAAUGGUGCUACCGAACUCGUACGCUUGCUACUUUCUUAUGGCGCUGAUCCUCUAUUAGCUACUUAUUCUGGACAAACCCCGCUAAUGUUAGCUGCAGAUACCGAUGCCUAUUCGAUUCUAGAACAACACUUAGAUGAUAUUCAGGGUCGCACGAGCACAGCGUGGUCGUUUGGUGGCCCGUCUUCUAUCUUUGACCCAGAAGAAACUGGUUACAAUCCCCUUGACGAUCCUCCUAUGGACAAUCCAGAAUCCGAAUUAGAUGAAAUUGAGAUAGAAAUGGGCGACGUGAACCUGCCAGUUCUCUUUUCCCUCACCAACGAUCCAGAUAAGUGGAUGCUCCUCCAGGAUCUGAUGGCUGCCCUCAGAAUAAAAAGCAGGGAAGCGUUGCUGCGUCAAGUGAAUCCUAAAGCUCACGCUGGUCCACCAGCGAUCGCUCAUCGCGACGUAAUGAGAGAACUGAAGCUGCAAGAUUUCUUGGAACAAUCCCGUUGCUGCCACCUGCUUAGCGGCGGCGAGCGAAUCAACGUGAGAGGGUCCAAGGUGACUCUGAUUAAGUACAACGAGAAAGUGAGAUCCCUGUUGAACGUAGAGAAAGUGGUCAUCAGCCUAAGGUGACAAGAGGCGCCGCUGGGGCAUUCAUCACCCCAGGCGAAACCGUCGACUUCCGCCUCGAAGGAAUCGUCGAAGAAGAUCUCCAGUGUUUCGCCUAAACGCGAAAGGCAAGUCAGAACGCGACAGGGUAACAAGACAGCUGUCACGGAUUGAACGUGAAUCGGGAGAUAUCGUUAGCCGUGAAAAGUCGUUAAGCGGCUAAGUGGAAAGUUUCAUUCGAUCAAGAUCUAGUGUUUUACUUUGAUUCUGUUCAACCAGGGUCGAACGAACAAUUAGACACGAGAAGUAUAUAGAAUUAGUGGUUUAGGUACGAUCGAAGAGGAAGAUAUUUCAAUGGCAGUGCAUUUGACGCGUUCUAUUAGCAGUAUUUAUUGACAGAUGUUCCACAUGGAGCACAGUGAUAUUUUAUCGAUAUAUUCGUUGGGGGCCGAGGAAUGAUGGCGUCCUUAACAAUGUUUUCUAGACGAAGAUCGUCGUCCUGAUCGAAUUUCUUGUUCUUUGGUUUGAACGAUUUGAGAUAGAAAGCAGAGAGAAUUCGAACAAUCUUUGUAAAGAAUCGGAAGAGAAAUCUUUCAUUCGAGCUCCAAUCGUGUAGAUUUUAAUCGUAAUAUUGGAAUCUGGUGGAAGUCCACGUGCUUAUUGUUAGUGCGAUUAUUUGUUGAAGGAAUCGAUGUUCACAGAGAACUUGAAACUCCGCGUGAAUGGGCAUCACGUGUGUUUCGCGUUCUCUGCCCAUCGAUGCGAUUGUUUUAAGUUAGCAAUGAACGAACGUUGGAACGUACGAAUUAUCCAAUCGCCAUCAGCUUUGUCACGUUACCACGUUAUUAAUUUAAAUAAUUUCGUUUUGUUUUUCUCUGUCUUUGUUUUCUUUUCUCUUUCUUUUUCUUUUUACUAGGUACUAGCGAGUCGAUUAAAAGUGUAAUUCGGUUAUAUGUUUACCGUUGUAGAUUUAAGUAAGCGUUUAUUAAUCGUCGAAAAAUAUGGAGCAUUUACGUUUCUUGUUAUCUCCUCUUUCUUCCUUUUAUUUUCUUUGGGAUGUGCAAUUUCACGAGUCUGCUUUCCGUUGAACGAUUGCCGACCGAUAAGCGCGAUCGAUUAAUGUUUGUUAAAUAUAAGAGAUCUAAGGAGACGGAUUAAUGGUAAUAUUCAGUGUGCAAUAAGUUUCAUCGAAUUCACGAUGAUUGAUUCACUAAUUAGCGGUUUCCAUUUCAGAUUAUAUUCAGCUGUUUACUUGUUGGAACGGCAAGAAAAUGCAAUCGACGCGUUCACUGUUGUCUAGUUCUAUUUGUUUUUAUUAUCACUAUCACGCUCGUUAGCUAGUAUGCUCAAGUUGUUUCUCGUUUAGACUUUAAUCCGUCGAAUUGACGAAACAUUUUUCGUUAUGGGAUAAAUGUAAGCGGUUAUUAAUUUCCUAGCUGUUCUUUAUAUUAACGCACGGGAGAUUACCAAUAGUAAGUCUUUUAAAGGCUACAAAUGUUCAGCAGUGAACGUGUUCAAGGAUCAUCGACGCAUCCGAUUUACGAAAGAAUUCAUCGAAUGCGAUGAUGGAACCGAUCUCUACGUACUUAUAUCUUCGAAAGCGUGUUAAAUGUGUGCGUCGAGAGGGAAGUUUGAACACUGAAAGGAACAGAGAGAGACCUCCUACGUAUCGUAGAAAGAAGCUUUUACAAGUUUUUUAGCAAAAUCUAAGCACGCUCGAGGGCGCGUUUCAUUUUACUCCGUGUGUACAGAGAUUAUCCAAUCGUUCUGAUCAGUCUCAGGGAAAUAUCCGUAUGCGUAUUCUCGAUAUCCUAUGCGUUGCAUCGAUUUGAAUAGAGACGCGACCAGGCAUCUCUGGUUGAUCGACGGAUGAACGUUCGUUAAGAUUUAUGUUAUACCGAUUUCUUCGCGAUGUACAGUAGGCAUAGAGGAAGAGGGACACCGUUUUAGUCUUCGUACGUUGAACGAACGUUUCCGGUCUGUCGUCGUGAUCAACCGAUGGCUGGUGGCACACUCGCUGCUCGUUUUAAUUUUAUUUAGCUGACGAUUUCUAAACUCGAAUAUAUUACCGAACAAUACCGUGGACGGGGUGCAGUUUACACAUGUACAUAACUUAUUUUCGAAUAAAAAGCUAGUGUCACCUGCCAUGCAAAUGUAUUGCAUCGAAGGACUUCGGAUUCCUUCGUGGUCAGUGAUCCUAUAUGCGAUUCUUGUUAAAAAAAUAAUCUGGAAAGAGAAGUUCAGGAGAACAUAGAGAAAAAGAAAGAAAAGAAAUAUAUAUAUAUAUAUAAUAUAUAA